AUGGCCCCCGCCCGCCGCCCCGCCGGGGCCCGCCUGCUCCUCGUCUGUGCGGGCCUCCUGGCCGCCGCCGCGGGCUUCGUCUCCCCGGAGCCCGGAGAGCCCGCCGAGAGCCGCGCCCGCCAGGAGCCGCGGCCCGGGAACGAGCUGCCGGCGGAGAACCGCGCGGGGCCGCCCGCCCGCCCGCCGGAGCCCCCGGCCGAGGGGACACAGGGCAUCGAGCCCAGGGAUGCCUGGAUGCUCUUGAUCAGGCAGAGUGACAAAGGCGUCAAUGGCAAGAGGGGAGGCAGAGGCAAGGCCAAGAAGCUGAAGCUUGGCUUCCCAGGGCCCCCGGGGCCCCCCGGUCCCCAGGGCCCCCCUGGCCCCAUCAUCCCACCUGAAGUGCUGCUGAAGGAGCUCCAGCUGCUGCUGAAAGGCGCGGUGCGGCAGCGGGAGCGCGCGGAGCCCGAGCCCUGCACGCGCGGCCCCGCGGCGGGCGCGGCCGCCCCGCGGGAGGACGAGGAGGCGGCGGCGGGGGACGCGGGCGUGCUGGCCCUGCUGGCCGCGCCCCUGGCCCCGGGCCCGCGGGCGCCGCGCGUCGAGGCCGCCUUCCACGGCCGCCUGCGCCGGGACGCGUCGGUGGAGCGGCGCGCGCUGCACGAGCUGGGCGGCUACUACCUGCCCGACGCCGAGGGCGCCUUCCGCCGCGGCCCCGGCCUGAACCUGACCAGCGGCCAGUACACGGCGCCCGUCGCCGGCUUCUACGCGCUCGCCGCCACGCUGCACGCGGCGCUCGCCGAGCAGCCCAGGCGGGGGCCGCCGCGCCCCCGGGACCGCCUGCGCCUGCUCAUCUGCAUCCAGUCCCGGUGCCAGCGCAACGCCUCCCUGGAGGCUGUCAUGGGCCUGGAGAGUAGCAGCGAGCUCUUCACCAUCUCCGUAAACGGUGUUCUGUACCUGCAGAUGGGGCAGUACGCCUCCGUCUUCCUGGACAACGCCAGCGGCUCCUCCCUCACCGUGCGCAGCGGCUCCCACUUCAGCGCGGUCCUCCUCGGCGUCUGAGCGGCCACACCGGGCCCUUCCUUGUGCCCGGCAAACAGAAGCGGGUCCGAACAAUAUCCGGGCCGGGCGGCGCCGGAGUGGCGGGGGGCCAGGCGCCGGAGGAAGCCCUUGGAACUGCCCGUGUGGGUCCUGCCGCUCAGCCCAGAGAUGGCCCAACUCCAGCGGCCCAGGGAGGUGACGUGCACACUGGCACCAGGAGUGAUUUCAGGAGGUCGUCUUUCAAGAGGAGGAGAGCCCCAUCGGGCUGUUACUCGGCAAACGUUUCUAUGGGGCUCAGCGCCCAGAAGCACUUGCUUUGUCUUGGGGGAGUUGGGUCCCAAAUUCAUUGUGACACUGUAUCAGUGAUGGACUGGGGCGGAGGUCCUGUGAGGGGACACAGGUGUUUCUUCCCAGGUGCCGCUGAGGAAGUUAUACGGCAGCCCGGGCCAAGGUGGCUGCAGGGACCUGGUGCCACAGGGGGCGGGGGGGUGGGGUGGGGCAGGCU